UCUGCUGCGGGACCGGAGACGAUAAUGAAGCUGGUGAUAGACGAGCGCUGACGAGGCCGGAAGUGACGACAUGAACUGGUUGAAGUGAUGUUCCAGGAGAGCAGAGCUGGGUUCUCUGUCACCUAGAUCCGGGCUGGGGGCCCCCAGGAGCCGGUUCUUCAUCCCUGGUGACUCUUCAGGAUGAGGCGGCUGAACCGCAGGAAGACCCUGAACCUGGUAAAGGAGCUCGAUGCUUUUCCCAAAGUGCCUGAGAGCUAUGUGGAGACAUCAGCAAGUAGGGGGACAGUGUCUCUGCUGGCGUUCUCUGUCAUGGCCGUCCUCACAGUCCUGGAGUUCCUGGUGUAUCGGGACACGUGGAUGAGAUAUGACUAUGAUGUGGACAAGGACUUCACCAGUAAGUUGCGGCUGAACAUCGACAUCACGGUGGCCAUGAGGUGUCAGUAUGUCGGUGCCGAUGUCCUGGAUCUUGCGGAGACCAUGGUGACCUCCGCCGAAGGGCUGGUGUAUGAGCCGGUCGUAUUUGAUUUGUCUCCUCAGCAGAGGCAAUGGCAGAGGAUGUUACAGCAGAUUCAGAAUCGUCUGCAGGAGGAGGCGUCACUACAGGAUCUUCUGUUCAAGAGCGCCAUGAGGAGCUCCGUCACCGCCCUGCCCCCCAGGGAAGAUUCUCCAUCCGAGCCCCCCAUCGCCUGCCGCAUCCACGGUCACCUGGAUAUUAAUAAAGUGGCUGGAAACUUCCAUAUCACUGUGGGCAAGGCCAUCCCACACCCCAGGGGUCACGCACAUUUGGCCGCGCUCGUCAGCCAUGACAGUUAUAAUUUUUCUCAUCGUAUCGAUCACUUGUCCUUCGGAGAAGUCCUUCCGGGGAUCAUCAACCCUUUGGAUGGAACGGAAAAAAUAGCUGAAGAAAGUAACCAGAUGUACCAGUAUUUUAUCACCAUCGUCCCGACCAAACUGAACACGCACAAGGUGUACGGGGACACGCACCAGUUCUCGGUGACGGAGCGGGAGCGGGUGAUAAACCAUGCCACCGGCAGUCACGGCGUGUCGGGGAUAUUUAUGAAGUAUGACAUCAGCUCCUUGAUGGUGACGGUGACAGAGGAUCACAUGCCCCUGUGGAAGUUCCUGGUGCGGCUCUGCGGCAUUAUCGGCGGGAUUUUCACCACCACUGGGAUGAUCCAUGGGCUGGCGGAGUUUUUCGUGGAUAUUAUUUGCUGUCGUUUCAAGCUCGGAGCUUAUAGACCACUUGAAGAAAACCACGUCCAGAACCUCCCUGCGAUGGCGGCACAGAGACCUCCUGCCCCGGACCCUUUAUGAUCGAUCCAGACUUUUAUGAUACAAAUAAACAUAUCAUCCGCUGUUUUACACUCCCGGCUCUGUUGGUGUUUUACGUGUUUGCCGCUUCAUUUACUGCGUCCUUGUAUGAAGGUGUCCGCAAAACAUUAAGGGUUAACCAAUAUGGCCGCCUUUUACUAUUUAGCUGGACUACAGCAAAUAGGAUGUAAGGCAGACUCUCCGUUCUGGAGCCUGUGGGAGAUUGGGUGAAAGUAAAAAACUGUGAUGGACCAAAUUGUAAUGUAAAGUGAAAUACCAUGCGCUUUCCUGCUGUAUCAUCUCUGUGCACUAGAUGGUGCUGUUCACUUUCCAAAAAACCGUAAUCCCGACGGACUAUAAUGACACUGUAAUAUACAUGUCACCUUU